CGAGUAAAUUUAAUUAAAAAGGAAAAAAGAGUGGAUGAACUCUCCAUCCUUUUCUUUCUUUCUCGUCGCACUCAAUCUCCGUCUCGACUUUUGUCCUUUCUCUCUCACCGCCGCGAAAACCACAAAGUUCUUCUUCUUCUUCUUCAGUUCUUCCUUGUCUCGAUCUCCAUUUCAUACCAGUGAGGAGACGGAAGCUCAACGUCAAGACUCUCUUCCUUCUUCUUUCUUCUCCUCUUUGCUCGCUGUCUCUAUCCCUGUUGAUUUCCACGAUUCCAGGUUCUUUCCUCUCGCUCUCUCGCGCUCUUGCUUGCUGCAGUUCUAUCUUUUCUUUGGUCCCUUAGACGCGUUCUCAUGGUUCAAAGCUCUUCGUCGGUGUUGCGUAUUGCCUGCUGCGUUUCUUUUGUAUUAUGAUCGGGGAGUAGCGGGAGCCAUUUUCCGCUCUGCUUUCAGUUAUUCGUCCCUGCUGCAAUCAGUUUCCCGUUUCUGUUUCCCAGUUACAGUUCUCGAGUGUGGUGGAAUUUUUCUUGCUGCUUUUAGGAAUUGUGAAAUCUGUGGAUUGUAGUGAUCUCCAUAUGCUGCCGGAAUUAGAAACAAUUUUGUCCCCAACUGUGAAUGAGUUGGUAUUUUUGUGCCGCAUGGUUGUUGGGGCUUUCUCUUAUGUGGAAUGGAUUGUUUCUAAAUUUACUCUUGCUGCUGGAUUGUUUGCUUGCAGGAUUGUUGGUAAGAAACUAUGGAUUCCUGCUAUAAGAGUCUGGAACGAAGCAUAUACUGUGGUGGUUAUAGUAAUAUUGGGUCGAUAGGCUGUCGCCAUGGUUUAGGGAUUUAGAGAUAGUACGUUGGUGGAAUUCCUUCUAUUCGAAUUUUGCACUUCAAUUCUUCCAUUCAUCUUGCUCUCAUUGCUGUUGUGCUCGCGGAAGAAAAGGGGGAGCACAAAUAGGCACAAGUGUUGUUGAAUGGGUAAUAAGUUGGGAAGGAGGAGGCAAGUGGUAGAUGAGAGGUAUACAAAGCCACAAGGUUUAUAUGUCCACAAAGACGUAGACCAUAAGAAGCUCAGGAAACUCAUUCUUGAGUCCAAGCUCGCACCUUGCUAUCCUGGUGACGAGGAGUCGUGCAAUGAUCAUGAAGAGUGCCCUAUUUGCUUCCUGUAUUACCCAAGCCUCAACCGAUCACGAUGUUGCACGAAAGGGAUCUGUACAGAAUGUUUUCUGCAGAUGAAAAAUCCUAAUUCAACUCGUCCUACUCAAUGUCCAUUCUGUAAAACGUCAAAUUAUGCUGUGGAAUAUCGUGGUGUAAAAACAAAGAGGAAAAGGGUUUGGAGCAAAUUGAAGAACAAAGAGUAAUAGAAGCAAAGAUUAGGAUGCGACAACAAGAGCUUCAGGAUGAAGAGGACAGAAUGCAUAGAAGGCUAGAAUCAAGUUCUUCCAGUUCUAACAUUGCACCUGAGGAGAUUGAUUGUGGCUCUGUAGCAGGUAUCAUCACUCUGUUUUGCUGUCUUUACCUGGAUUCACUUUUCUUUCUGGGUGUACUGAAUGCCUUGAGUUUCCUCCUUUUAAGUUCCAUCCGAUGCAUCAGCAGAAAGCAAUGAAAUUGUUUCUUCUCAACCAUCUAUCAGAGAUCCUGCAUUGUCUAGACCAAACAGGUAUAUUGUGCAUCUCCUUCUGUUUAUGGCUUUGUUCAUUACAUAGGUGGGGGCAUAGGGUCGUGAAUCAUGAUGGGAAUUGCCUUCAUCAAGCUAGUAGACAUUAGCAAAGUUGAUAACUUUAGUAGGUUGCUGUAUGCGGCAUCAGUUUAUUGGAUGAAUUAGUUGGUGGCCGAUUCCAAUCAUUUCUUCCUGAACUGAGUUCUACCCUUGCUCUUUGUCUGAGUGAACAUUGAAUUUAUUUCCUUUGGUAGGUUUUGAAGCAUGUCAUUAGUAGUAUGGCAGCCAAUCAUCCAAUAUAUUCAAUAGCUUGGUCAUGUUGUCCACAUACGUUUCAUAAUCAUUGUUAGGGCAGUUUGAACUAGACAGCCGGUUUACUUAUAUGAAAUGCUUAGACAUGAUUAGGUUCUUCAUAUACUUCUGGGAUGGGAACUAGACUGCUGGUCUACUCUUACUAUUUGUUGUGAUACGACCUUUGAUGCAUGGUGCUUGUUUGAGAGUUGUGCACCAGAUACAUCACCUAUAGGAUGUUAGACAUGUUCAUGUGUUGCCACUCAUAUGCUAGUGAUUGUAGAUGAUGGGAAAUUAAGGUUUUGAACAGUUCUUCUGGAAAGGAUUGGUUUUGUUAGCAACAUCGUUUUGAUUGGUAGUAUUUCUACUUUCUAUUUACUGUUUGAGACAUUAAUUACUGAGUGCUUUGUUGUAGCUAUUCAAGAAUCCUAAGUAUACCUGUCGUUCAUGUACCGGCAUUUGAAUAUAUGUUUGUAUACGUUUUAGAUGAUAGCAGCGGCUAAUCUAAUUGAUAUUUGGUGCUGAUUCAAAUUUGGAAUGUUCUCUAAUUGAAGGGAUGAAGACUUUGACCUUGAUCUCGAGGAUAUUAUGGUAAUGGAGGCAAUCUGGCUUUCUAUUCAGGUAGAUUUACCUUCCUUGUUUGCAUACAGUGCGUGCAGAAGGACUAGAAAACUUAAUCUGGAAAUUUGAAAUACUGUAGUUUACCCUGCAAAAGCAUUUAGGUUUCUGUUGCUACUUGCCUUGUGAUGUGCCUAAACUGCUCUAAUUGUCAAUAAAAUAGCUCGGGUUGCUGGAAAUUGAAAGGAAUUGGGAAAUUUAGGGGUUUUGGUAGGUUAGAUGGAGGAAGAACCGCCACACCAGUCGGUGAUAAGGUUCGGGCAAGGCGCCACAACCAGGGGUUGAUAAGCCUAAGAAAUCACAAGGAAAUAU